AUGGCGGCCCGCCGCCCCCGGGCCCUGCUCGCCCUCGGCCUGGCCCUGGCCGCCGCCGCCGCCGCCGCCACCGACCCCUUCUCGCCCCAGCUGGGAGACACCGCCGGUUGCCGCGGGCAGUGCGGCCGCAGCCUGCCGCGCCGAGCCGCCGAUGCUGUUCUCAACGCCUGUUACCGGGGCUGCCGGCUGUUCUCCAUCUGUCACUUCGUGGAUGCGAGCGCCGAGCUGAACACAACCAGAGCCGAGUGCGAAGCAGCGUGCGCCGAAGCCUACAGCAACGCAGAGGAGCAGUUUGGCUGCGUGACGGGGUGCCGCAAGCAGCUGCCCGAGGUGGAGAGCAGGAAGGAGAAGAGCCUGGAGACGAAGGCGCCGUCAUUCUCCCUGUUCGAUUUGGUCUCCACCUUCUGCAACGGCAUCGUCAGCUCUGCCCAGAGCUUCAUCUCCUCCACGUGGACCUUCUACCUGCAGGUGGACGACGGCAAAGUCGUGGUGUUUCAGUCCCAGCCCGAGAUGGAGUAUCCAGUACCUGAGGUGCCGGAGACCCAGCCGGAGCGGCCGGCGCAGCCGGGACCGGGGUCCAGCCCCCGCAUCCCCCAGCCUCACACAGGCCCCCAGGCCAAGGGGGAGAAGCCCCCCGUGAAGGAGCCGCAGGGCAAAGCCAAGGCGCAGCGCCCAGACUCCCCGCCGCCGGAGCACGACUUCCUCGGCUGCAUGUCCAAGCGCUCGGGCCUUCCUCGCUGGAUCCUGGCUGCCUGCCUCUUCCUCUCCAUCAUGGUGAUGCUGUGGCUGAGCUGUGCCAGUUUGGUGACUGCCCCCGAGCAGCACGUCAAGACCCAGCCUCUGAGCAUCAAUGGGGACAAGGAGUACCUGGAGGACCUGGACGGCCCCGGCGCCUUCCCCCUGCCGCCCGUCAUCGCCGUCACCCUGUGCCCCGCGCACGGUGGCGAGGACGCGGGGCCGCUGCCCCUCAAAGUCGACCUGGACAAGACCGUCCUGUAGCGAUCCCACCCCUUCCCAUCACCUC